UGAGAUAGAUAUAUAGAGAAAAACCAAGAAGGACUAGCCUCGGGAGAUAUAGAUAAAGAGAGAAAGAGAAAAAAAAAAUAUAUAUAGAGAGAGAGAGAGCGAGAUGGAAAAUAUCUCAAAUUAGCUGUGAGAUCUCGGUAGGAAGUUUGUAUUUGUUUAUCUGGAAGGCAGCACAGUCAUGGUGCGCUGCCUGCCGCAUCAUCUUCCUCUCCACCACCUGCCGCAGCCUCCCACAGGCAGGUCUUCCUCCUGGCGGAAGCCGCAGGUUCCACAGCAUCAGGAACUUCUGCCGCAGCCUCCCGCAGGCAGGUCUUCCUCCUGGCGGAAGCCGCAGGUUCCACAGCAUCAGGAACUUCUGCCGCAGCCUCCCGCAGGCAGGUCUUCCUCCUGGCGGAAGCCGCAGGUUCCACAGCAUCGGCAGCUUCUACCGCAGCCUCCCGCAGUCUGCGCCCUCUUCCUCCUUGCCGCAGUGGUCGCAGGAUCCUUCGACUUUGUAGUGAAGCCGGAGUUCGGAGAGCGAGCCUCUGAGUUGAACAUUACCGGCUUUGUUGACCAAACUGGCAGACUACCUUGUACUGUCAAGCACCUGGCUGGCAAGAGGGUGUCGUGGAUCAGAGGUCGUGACCUCCAGGUGCUCUCAACGGGUCGCUCAACAGUUUCUACUGACCUCAGGAUCUCAGUUCUUCCCGGCUCAACGCAGUUCAAGACUCGACAACCUCGAAGUCCCUCCAGUCAACACAGCCUGGACAGUGCCGCUGGUCUCGCCAACGGCACCAUUGGUGACUCCUCGAGUAUAGAGUUGCCAAAAUGCCAUCAUAGCGUUUACUAUCCUGGGCGGAAAUGUGUCAGUUUCGUAAAGGAAUACGACUUCGUGCGAGACACCAGCAGCAGUAGUAGUACACAGAAUUUCUUCGAGGAAUCCAAGAACAGACAGGAUGAGGACUUCCAUAUAGAUACCCGCCGUAGAAGAUACAACAAGAGAAAGACGCAGGACAGUUCCUGGCCACGAGCUCAGGACUUCGCCAGAUCGAGUCGAAGUCGAAGAGACGGCGUUAACGACCACCACCACCAUUACCACCAUCACUAUUCCAAGAAUCAACUUCAUCUCUCAGGGCACAAACACGCCAAGAGAGACAAGCCUCCUGGUAAACACGCAAGUGGGGAGCCCCAAGCCCCAUCUCCAUACAACAGUCCCAUCGCCAUAUACCCACAGGGGCCCUUCACCCAAGGCUUGGAGAAAAAGGGGGCCCAGCCAGGACCCAACUACAUCGAAGGAGUGUGGGAACCUGAAGACUACACACUACAGAUCAAGUACCUGAAGGUAGAGGAUGCUGGUACUUACAUCUGUCAGAUCAACACUGAACCUAGAAUAUCACAGGUGGUGCAUCUCAGCGUUGUCAGUGUCAUUAUAGCAAAGGUUGUCAAUAUAGCAACAGGUGUCAUUAUAGUAACAGGUGUCAUAGCAACAGGUGUCAUUAUAGCAACAGGUGUCAUUAUAAUAACAGGUGUCAUUAUAGCAACAGGUGUCAUUAUAGCAACAGGUGUCAUUAUAGCAACAGGUGUCAUUAUAGCAACAGGUGUCAUUAUAGCAACAGGUGUCAUUAUAGUAACAGGUGUCAUUAUAGUAACAGGUGUCAUUAUAGGUUCACUUUACUUGACAGGGUUCAUCUUGUGGUACAAAGGAGAGAGGCUGGUGGAGUACGACACUACAGGUGGUCGAAUCCAGGUGGUGACAGAGGCUGAGGGAGUGAGCCACCUGCUGCUAAGAGACGCCCACCUGUCUGACUCAGGCAAUUACACCUGUUCUCCCUCAGGUGGUGCACCUGCCUCCCUCGUUCUUCAGGUAAUCGUAGAUGAGAGACAAGCAGCCAUGCAGCAGGGAAACUCAGCAGCGUCUGCCUUGCUGCUGCUGCCUGCUGCUGCUGCUGCUGCUGCCUGCUGCUGGCCUCCUGCUGACCCUGUCUGCUCCUACCUUCGACCAUCCUGCUGCUGCUGUCUGCUUGGCAGUCAGCAGUCUGCCUCUGCUCUGCCUGCUCCAGUGGCUACCCAGCCUGCUCUCCGUGGCACUGUCCUUGGCACUGCCCCAGCUAGGCACUGCCCUCAGCCUGGCCCUCCUAGCAUCAGUAGGGUGCCAAAACUGCCUCCCCAGUAGGCCAAGGAUGCCAGUAGGCCUCCCUGGCACCAGUGCCAUCAUGCUGGCACUCUGGCUUCUCGGCUGCCAUGGCUACCGUCUUCUUUAACAACAUAUAAUAAACUU